AAACACAGGCGACGUUGUGUUAUUGUAUUUGCUCCGUGCGUCUCAACAUCUGCUAAGGAGCAGGGUGAUCAGGCUGAAUUUCCUGGCGAUAGUCGAGGUUACCGCCGACGCUCCUCUAUGUAUUCGGCUCUGGCAUCAAAUUUCAGCAGGAGGACGAAUAAAUAAUUUCAACAGCACACCAGAGCUCCGACUACCACUGCAGUGGUCCUCGACCUAGGGGGGUGACUCCGAAACAUGCCUUGCCUGUAGAAUAACAGGGGUUUAUUCUUGUAGCACGGCGUUUGGAAAGUCACCUACAUGGUUGCUGGGUAUCGUCGAGUAAAUGUCGACCGACUUCGCCAUACCACAUACAGGAAUCGUCCCGGACGCAAGCUCAGGGGAAUUCGCCCACCAGCAAAACAAGUCCGGCAACAAGUCCGACUGUGGUCGGAACCCACCCAAGCACUACGUCAAGCGCGCCAACACCAACGCCGCAAUGCUUGCGCUCGCGAACGGCCUCGAGUACCGGGUACGGAAGUACAACUUCAGCAAACAAGAACAUGAGAUUGUUCCGGUAGCGCCCGGGGCAGGGUGCAUCCGCCUGAUGUCCUUGCUUGCCCGGACCCUCGGUCACGACCGCGUACCCACGGACGUUCAUGCGACAGAGACCCCAACUACAGCGCAGCUGAAAGGCCAAUUUCCGGGAUCAGCAAUCUGGUCGGCACACCUGUACAAGGACAACGAUGUGCAGGUCGACGAUGGGUCGUGGAGUGCUCGCGUUUCUGGGGGCAACUUUCGCCCCGACGAAGCGGCAUUGAUCGCCCAGUACAACGUGUUUUUCGGAUGCGGAGGGGAUGAGCAAUGCAGCAACCUUCGUUGCCCCUCCUGCUGGGAUGAGGAGGAUACCUUGGAGAGUAGCCUGCUAGAAUGUUCGAGACACAUGCGCGUAGCGCAGGUAGCGAGCUGUGGCCAGGGGCGGCUGAAGGGUGGCGACGUCAAGGCAGCCGCACGGCCUGGGCCGCCUGACGACUGGGCGUUGGGGCAGGGGCAGGGAGACGAUGUCGAGAUAUUCAACAAACCGCAGCCGACGGGAGACCAUGGACCGCCAUCAGCAGACCAACUCACCCUCAGCAAGAUCAUCUACUUCUUCCGUCACAAAGGAAACAAGAACUCCAUGAGCGGUGAGCCACCACCAUUUACGUGGUGGGUUCUCGCGUACGACUACGUCGGGGUCGGCCAUGGUAACGAGCGGGUGCCCGAUUCCAUCACCGGGCAUCCGACGUUGUCACUACGGGGCGGGGCCGUCCGAAGCUUUACCCUGUAUCAGCCGUCAGACGCCAGGUACCUCCUGAACGAGGAACCCUAG